AUGAGCAAAGAAAACUAAAUGCGUGAUUACUUAGCUCGUAUCAACCCUGUCAUCGAGCGCUUAAUUAUCGAUUUGCUAGUUGAUAUGCCAGAAAACUAUGUAUAGUACUCAGUAAACUGGUUCUAAGAGAAAGGUUCAAGAUUAGCAUAAGGAGAAGAUAUUCCUUCUUCUUCCAACUUAAAAACAAACAUCUAAGUAGGAGAAUCUUAAUAAGACUUUGAUUUUUUGCCAGCUAAAAUUCCUGAUAAUUAUGAACAUCCUAAUCUUGACAGCGAAGAAGAUGACGAGGAUGAAGAUCAUGACUCAGUUGAACAUCAUAUCAUUUAAUAGUAGUAAAAAAAUAAAGGCAAAGGAAUGCGCGCUUCAGUUAGUGCUGAAGCUUAUGGAUCAUUCAAUAAAAAGGGAUCUUAUGUUCCAAAAGUAGUUCACAAGGAGGAAGAAUAAAAGAAAAGAAUUGAACAUCGUUUAAUGUAAGCUUUUAUGUUUUAAGCUCUUGACGAAAAAGAAAGAGAAAUAGUAGUUAAUGCAAUGACAGAAGUUAAAUUCAGCCCUGGAGAUUGGAUUAUUAAAUAGGGAGAAGAUGGUGAUAAUUUAUAUGUUGUAGAUUAAGGUGAGUUAGACUGUUAUAAAAAAUUCUCAAAAGAUGCAGAAGAUACCUACCUUAAGACCUAUAUGCCAGGUGAAGCUUUUGGUGAACUUGCAUUAUUAUAUAAUGCUCCUAGAGCUGCUUCUAUUAAAGCUAAGACUGAUAGCAUUCUAUUUUCUUUAGAUAGAGAAUGCUUCAAUAAUAUUGUUAAAGAGUCUGCCAUAAAAAGAAGAGAAAGAUUCGAAUAAACUCUUCAAAAAGUAGAAUUGCUUGACUCUAUGGAUCCUUAUGAACGUGUUCAUCUUGCAGAUGGUAUAAGGGAUAUUAAGCAUAAAGCUGGUGAAUAUGUUAUCAGAGAAGGCGAGGAAGGAAAGUAUUUCUAUAUGAUUGAAGAAGGUCAAUUAAAAGCCACCAAAACAGAAAAUGGACACGAAGUUUAAGUUUAUGAGUACAAAGAGGGUGAUUAUUUCGGUGAACUUGCUUUGGUUAAAAACAUUCCUAGACAAGCAAACGUUAUUGCUACCACCGAUGUAAAACUUAUGUAUCUUGAUCACGAUACAUUUAAGCGUCUUUUAGGUCCUAUUGAAGGUAUCCUUAAGAGAAAUGAAACUCGUUAUGCUAAAUACAAUCCUGAAAAUAUAGUCAACCUUACACAAUGA